AUGGGACAGUCUUUUACCAAGCUAUUCAGUGUCUUGUUCGGUAAGAAGGAGAUGUGUGUUGUGAUGGUUGGUCUCGAUGCAGCUGGUAAAACCACCAUUUUGUACAAGCUCAAGUUGGGAAAAAUUGUCACCACUAUCCCUACUAUCGGAUUUAAUAUUGAAACUGUUGAAUACAACAACAUUAACUUUGUUGUAUGGGAUGUUGGUGCUUAUGAUAUGCGGCGGCAAAUUAUGUGGAGACACUAUUUUCAAAACACAAAAGGUCUUAUCUAUGUGGUUGACAGCAAUGAUCGUGAUCGUAUAGAUGAGGCCAGAGAUGAGCUACACAAGAUGCUUAAAGAGGAUCAAAUUAAAGAUGCCGAGUUGCUUGUUUUUGCCAACAAGCAAGAUCUUCCAAAUGCUAUGAAUUCGGCUGAGAUAACUGACAAGCUUGGCCUGCAUUCUCUCCAACACCGAAACUGGUAA